AUGUUCCGCAGUGUCCUCCCCUACCAGUAUCGUCUUCCUGCUGAGAUCCUUGCAGUAGUGGCCGCGACAUGUGGCCUAGCAGUGUCGUCGAAGCAUCUCUGCCGAAAUGUGGUGAGCCUAUGCGAGCGAUGGAAGAUUCCUAAGGAUGUCGCUGGAGCCUCCUUCUUAUCAAUAGCCACCGCUGGACCGGAGAUCACUGUCAGUGUAGCGGCUUCAAUGUCCGGCACGCAGCGUGGCACCGUUCUCGCCGUCUGCGUUAUGCUAGGCUCUGGAGUAAUCGCCUGCUUGGUCAUCCCUGGCUUGAUGAGUCUGCGAUCAGCUCAGCCCAUCGUGCUCCCAGUGGACCCGUUGUUUCGAGAGAUACGAUAUUACUUCUUUCUACUGGUCAUACUCUCUGGGGCUACAUUGCUGCAAAAUGCUCUUUGGCUGAGACUGGCCGCAACAACGAUGGUCGUUGUCUACAUAGUAUACGUCUUGACUCUCACGCAAGACGCUUCCUGCAGUGACGAGGAAGACCCGUUACUCCCAAUGUCUAGUCAUCGUCACUACUUCGAUGAUUCAGGCGGAUCGACUUGUUCUGGGUGCACUGUUGACUCCCGUGUGACCACCAGUGGCUUGUCCGACCUAUCCGGGGACGACACUGGAGCUGUGAUGACGGUAGCCUCCUUGGUGGCCUGGCCCGUGAAUGCUUCCCUCGAGUCAAUCUCUCCGGAGCAUCGUUCCUCGCAUCACUGUCUAGGUUGCCUCGUCUCGGUCGUGUGGAUGAGCGUGAGCGCGUUUGUUCUCACUAAAGUGGUAGACAGCUGGGUCACCGGCCACCCUGGCUUCGUCGCGAUGUUCGUAGUCUCCCUCACAGCUGAGCUUCCGGACAUAUCAAACGCUCUCCGCCUCACUGGUAUGUCCGAGGCACCAAUGGCGAUGAGUAAUGCUCUAGGCGCGCAGGUGGCGAACCUUGGCCUUGGCCUUGGUCUUGUCUGGGUGUUUCAGCCUCCAGUGUUUGUGGGGAACCCUCUAUUUUUACAAGCAGCGUUGGCGGCUCUUCAGUGGUCUUUAUUAGCGUUCUCGGCGACGUUCGUGAUUUCAUGGCGUUUGAAUGGAGCCUGGACCAGAGGAGCCGGCGUGGCCUUGCUCAUCAUGUACAGUAUACUAUUCGCGGCGCUCUCUGUAGUUCACACAGUGGAGGUAUAA